AUGUCUCUGGUAGUCUUCCCACAUGUGGCUACCUUAAACUACACUGGUGUUAGCCAUGCGGUGUUCUACUUGCUGGGCAUCCCUGGCCUAGAGAACCAGCACAUGUGGAUUUCCAUCCCCUUCUUCAUGUCGUAUAUCAUCGCCAUGCUUGGAAACAGCCUGCUUAUCAUUAUUAUCCUCACAAAGAGCAGCCUCCAUGAACCCAUGUACCUCUUCCUCUGCAUGCUGGCUGGAACAGACAUUGUCCUCUCCACGUGCACAGUACCUCAGGCCUUGGCCAUCUUCUGGUUUCAUGCUGGGAAGAUCUCCCUAAAUCGCUGCAUCACUCAGUUCUUCAUCAUCCAUUGUACUUUUAUCUCUGAGUCAGGAAUCUUGCUGGUGAUGGCAUUUGACCGCUACAUUGCCAUAUGCUACCCACUGAGGUACACCACUAUUCUUACAUAUACACUGAUUGGGAAAAUUGGUGUUAUUAUCUUUCUGAGAAGUUAUUGUACAAUUUUCCCCAUAAUAUUUCUUUUGAAAAGGUUGACUUUCUGCCAAAAUAAUAUUAUUCCUCAUACCUUUUGUGAACACAUUGGCUUGGCCAAAUAUGCUUGUAAUGAUAUUCAAGUGAACAUUUGGUAUGGACUUUUUGUAAUAAUGUCGACUGUGGUUUUAGAUGUCCUGUUAAUUUUUGUUUCCUAUGUGCUGAUUCUCCAUGUUGUCUUCCAAAUGCCUUCCCAAGAUGCACGCCAGAAAGCUCUGAACACAUGUGGCUCCCAUAUCUGCAUCAUCAUCCUCUUUUAUGGGCCUGCCAUCUUCACAACUCUUACUCAGCGGUUUGGACGCCACAUUCCUCCUCAUAUCCACAUCUUGCUGGCUAAUGUCUGCAUUCUGGUUCCACCUAUGUCGAAUCCCAUCAUUUAUGGGAUCAAGACCCAGCAAAUUCGAGAGCAGGUGGUUCACAUGUUUCCAAAGCAGAAAUAA